UUCUGAAGAGUAGAUGGUGGGUUAAGAGCAGAGGAGCAGUGAGGACCUUCUGGUUGGGUCUCAGCACCUUGGACAGAGCUCAGCUUCAGCACCUUGGACAGAAGACACAGCAAGAAAAAUGGCUCCAGUCUCAGGCAGCUCUGAGGUUUUGGAUCAAUUCCCCACCAUGGUUGGACUGAUAAGUGCCUUUGGGCUUGUCUUCACUGUGUCUCUGUUUUCCUGGAUCUGCUGCCAGCGUAAAUCGACAAAAUCCAACAAGACCCCUCCGUACAAGUUUGUGCACGUCUUAAAGGGUGUUGACAUCUACCCGGAAAACUUAAACAGCAAAAAGAAAUUUGGAGCGGAUGAAAAGACCGAGUUGUCACCUAAAUCGCUGGUGUCAAAAACUUCUCUCCACCUUGACCUUGAGAAAAGGGACUUGAACGGCAAUUUCCCUAAAGCUAAUAAAGUUAGAAGUUCUCCAGAUCUGGAGGAUUUUUCGCAACCUCAAUUACCAGAAAACGAGAAAGAUUCGAUUUCCCCCGAGAGCAUCAAGUCGAGCACGUCUUUGACAUCUGUGGACAAACCAGAUACACUAGGGACACUUUUCUUCUCGGUAGAGUAUAACUUUGAGAAGAAAGCGUUUGUGGUGAACAUCAAAGAAGCGAAAUCCCUUCCGGCGAUGGAUGAACAGUCCAUGACCUCCGAUCCAUAUAUAAAAAUGACCAUCCUUCCGGAGAAAAAACAUAAAGUUAAAACUAGAGUGUUGAGAAAAACUCUUGACCCAGCCUUCGACGAGACCUUCACGUUCUAUGGAAUUCCUUACAGCCAGGUCCAGGACUUGGUCCUCUACUUUAUGAUCCUGAGCUUUGACAGGUUCUCCAGGGAUGACGUCAUUGGAGAAGUUUAUUUCCCCCUCUCGGGAGUUGAACUGUCUGAUGGGAGAGUCUUAAUGAAUCGGGAAAUAAGCAAAAAAAAUGUUCGGAAAUCAGCAGGACGAGGAGAAUUACUGAUCUCUCUUUGCUACCAGUCUACAACAAACACUUUAACCGUGGUUGUGCUUAAGGCUCGACACCUACCAAAAGCUGACACGUCAGGAUUAUCAGAUCCUUACGUGAAAGUCAAUCUUUACCACGCCAAGAAAAGAAUCUCCAAAAAGAAAACGCACGUCAAGAAAUGCACCCCCAACGCCGUAUUCAACGAACUCUUCGUCUUUGACAUUCCCUGCGAGGGUCUACAAGACAUAAGCGUUGAGUUUCUGGUGAUGGAUUCAGACAGGGGAUCAAGGAACGAGAUUAUCGGUCGAUUAAUUCUCGGAGCCUCCGCCGAUGGAACAGGCGGCGAACACUGGAAGGAAAUUUGCGAACACCCCCGGAGACAAAUUGCCAAGUGGCACAUGUUAUGCGAUGGUUAGAUUCCCUCAAACGAAUGGACCUUAACCACACCCAUAAAUCAUUUUAUCUGCCGUGUAAAAUAAGACGCUUAUAAUUAAUUUUUUUUUUUUAUUAUUUUUUUUUUUUUUUUUUUUUUUUGUGAACACGGAGUCAUCCAAAAAAAGCGAGCAAAAAAAAAAAUAAUAAUAAUUCUGAAAUGGUGUCUGUUACCUUUAUAUAUGUUUAUAUAUGAUAACACGGGGAAGAGCUACGUAACGUUCACUGAGAGAGGUGAAAAUUCGGGAAAAAAAUUCUCUUCGCUGUGUUAUUUAAUUAUUCAAAUGGCAUGGGCAGUGACUUUGUUAAUGUUAGUCGAUUUGGAAGUUCUUGUGUAGCUUUGAACUGUCAUGUAAGCCCUCUCUUAGGACUCUUAAAACCGGUUAAAGGAAUCUACGUCGAUCAACCCAAAGACUCACUAAGUAUAAGGAGCAACCUGCUUUACCAUACCACGUCUCAUGCAUUGUUGUUCUUCUUGUGAAUUGUUGUAUGAACAAUCUGCUGUCUGAAAUUGUGGUUUUAUUAAAUGAUAACUCGGCUAAUACAAAAGAAAAAAAAAAGAAA